UUCCAUAGAGUUGACUGGUGACACACAGCAGGGACACAGAGGCUCACCAGAGUAUUGUGACUUGAGUACUGAAGUUGAGUUGCUGAAUUACAGGAAUAAUUUACAACUUUGGAUAAAAGUUUUAUUUUAAUUCUUUCAGAUUGUUCAUCUGGCUAAACUCUAAAUAUUUUGGACUUAUUCCGUGUAUAUGCUUCUGCUUGUGACCGUCUGCUGUUGGCUCUUGAAGUCCGGCCAUAAUAGAUGCUGUAAGGCCUCUAGACGGCGCUAAACACAUGCUUGGGGUGCCAGUGGUCAAGGAAAUUUCAAUUGUCAAAACGAGCUGCAAAUACGAGGCAGCUUGAACCUCUAUUGACAAGUGGUGAUUCUGCUUAUGCCACCUGGAUGUGUAAUACAGUCAGUUUUGUAAAUUUGUGACACCAUUUUUUUCAGAGAUUCAACCUGUAAGUCGUGACAGGCCUGAGUUGGGAGCAUCCCUUUAGUUUCAUGACCUAUGCAUGAUCUUCCUUUGUUCUGGCUUGUUCCGAUCCUGGUAAAGGACUCAUUUAGAAUAAUGUUUUGUGAGAGGUGACUGAGGGGAGUGCUGUUUGAAAAAAAGUCACGUCCACCCCUCCCUCUCUUCGUCCCUCCUUUCUCGCAGUGUCCCUUUUCUUCUGCACCCCCACCCCCCUCUUUCUCUCUCCGGCUGGCCUUCCUCAAAGAUAAUUGGAGGCACAAUUCGAUAUGCUCAAUGUCAUGGACAAGAAUGAGGUCUCACCGGCGUCUUCUGCCACCAUGAAAAAGAAAGCGGUGGGUGGCAGCGGGUGCAGCCACAUAAGCGCACCUAAGGCUGCCGCAUCCAAGCGCCCCAAAAGCACCAGCGGACAGAACUGCUUGAACCCCAGUCCCCCCGGCGGAGCCAGCGGUAACCAGCCCGGCUUGACCAGCAACGUCGUGAUGGAUGAGACGGAGGACGGGGAAGAGGAGUCCAGGUUUCAGCAUCCGCGGCUGCGCCGAGCCGGGGGGAGCGGCAGCAGCGGAGGUGGAGGAGGAGGAGGCGGCAGUAUCAGGAUGAAGAACUUUACGCCAGGAGGGGGAGCCGCGUCCUCGGCUUCCAGGAGAAACUCCAGCAAGGAUCUCAGCCUUACGCACACAGAGGACGUUCCCUCCGCCUCACGGCCCACUGCUGCCUCCAGAGCGACCGAGACACCCUGUCCGGGCAAUGCUGCCCAACGCGGUGAGACCAGCGGAGCGUCUGGGGCGGAGGCGUCGGAAUCUGCGGUCGGGGUAGAGGUUUCUAACGCGACAGCGGGUGAUGGUCGCAGCGGCGUCGCUCCAGCUUCCAGGAUGAAAUGCAACAAAAACGGAGAAUGCAGAAGGGGAUCGGGUACCGGGAGCCUGCGCUCAAUAAUCAGCAAGCAGGAGAAGCCGACAGCGGGAUCGGGGAGAGUCGAGGACGGAGGCGCUGCCAUGCGGGGAGCCUGUAACUCGACCUCCGCCAGUAUGGACGGCUCGAUCACGCCAGGCGGGUCUCUAACCGGGGGGCAAGGAGGGGAGAGCGCCAACCCGGGCGCCACCCCCGUGUCCAGCGGCGUACCUGAGAAAAAGGACUCCAAGGUGUCCUUCUCUAACGCACCGAGCCGGAAAGCCUCCUCCUCGCUGCAUGGCCCGACCCAGACUCAGAUCCAGCAGCCGAGGAACUCUGUAACUUUCCAGAAACAGGAGGAUGGACCGCCGAUUGUGCCCGCCGAGGACGCGGAACCUCGGGGCAGUCAAGCCAGCUUCAUGCAGCGGCAGUUCAGUAGCAUGCUGCAGCCCGGAGUUAACAAAUUCUCCCUGCGCAUGUAUGGUAGUCAGAAAGCAGUUGAGAAGGAGCAGGAGAGGGUAAAAUCAGCUGGAAACUGGAUUAUCCACCCUUAUAGCGAUUUCAGGUUCUACUGGGAUUUUACAAUGUUGCUGUUUAUGGUGGGCAACCUGAUCAUCAUCCCCGUGGGCAUCACCUUUUUCAAGGAAGAAACCACAACGCCCUGGAUCAUCUUCAACGUGGUCUCUGACACCUUCUUCCUCAUGGACCUGGUGCUUAACUUUCGCACUGGAAUCAUCAUUGAGGACAACUCGGACAUCAUUUUGGACCCUGAAACUAUAAAGAGAAAGUACUUAAAAACUUGGUUUAUUGUAGACUUUAUCUCCUCCAUCCCGGUGGAUUACAUAUUCCUCAUAGUGGAGAAAGGCAUCGACUCGGAGGUGUACAAGACUGCUCGGGCCCUGCGGAUUGUCCGCUUUACCAAGAUCCUAAGUCUUCUGAGGUUGCUGAGGCUCUCCAGAUUAAUACGCUACAUUCACCAAUGGGAAGAGAUCUUCCAUAUGACCUACGACUUGGCUAGCGCGGUGAUGCGGAUUAUCAACCUGAUCGGCAUGAUGCUGCUGUUGUGUCACUGGGACGGCUGCCUACAGUUCCUGGUACCCAUGUUGCAGGACUUCCCUUCAGACUGCUGGGUGUCCCUUAACAAAAUGGAGAAUGAUACCUGGUCCGAACUCUACUCCUUUGCAGUCUUCAAGGCAAUGAGCCACAUGCUGUGCAUUGGUUAUGGCCGCCACGCCCCGGAGAGUCUGUCCGAUAUCUGGCUGACGAUGCUGAGUAUGAUUGUGGGAGCGACCUGCUAUGCUGUCUUUAUUGGCCAUGCAACAGCUCUGAUCCAGUCCCUGGACUCAUCCAGACGACAGUAUCAAGAAAAGUACAAACAAGUGGAGCAGUAUAUGUCCUUCCACAAGCUGCCUGCCGACUUCCGACAGAAAAUCCAUGACUAUUAUGAGCACAGGUACCAGGGCAAGAUGUUUGACGAGGAAAGCAUCCUGGGAGAACUCAGUGAACCCCUCAGAGAGGAAAUCGUGAACUUCAACUGUCGUAAGCUGGUGGCGUCUAUGCCACUGUUUGCCAACGCAGAGCCAAACUUUGUUACAGCAAUGCUAACCAAGCUACGCUUUGAGGUAUUCCAACCUCAAGACUACAUCAUAAGAGAGGGGACCAUUGGCAAAAAAAUGUACUUCAUCCAGCAUGGCGUAUGCAGCGUCAUCACCAAAGGCACACUUGCUAUGAAACUGUCUGAUGGCUCUUAUUUUGGAGAGAUCUGCCUGUUGACGAGGGGUCGAAGAACAGCCAGCGUGCGAGCGGAGACGUACUGUCGGCUCUACUCUUUGUCCGUUGACAAUUUCAACGAGGUGUUAGAAGAGUAUCCCAUGAUGAGAAGAGCCUUUGAAACGGUCGCUAUUGAUCGUCUAGACCGCAUAGGUAAAAAGAACUCUAUCCUGAUGCACAAGGUUCAACACGAUCUCAACUCUGGCGUUUUCAACAACAGAGAGAACGAGAUGAUCCAGGAGAUAGUCAAGUAUGACCGUGAGAUGGUGAAACGGGUGGAUCUGCAGCGGCCAAGGGCCAUGUCUAUGACCCCCUCAAUCGGUGGGAUCUUUGCCCCUCCGGGCCAGCCUCAGAGUGGCUCAGCAAUUGCCACCCUCCAGCAAGCUGUGGCUAUGAGCUUCUGUCCUCAGAUGGCAAGCCCUUUGGUGGGCCCUGGGACUUUGCAGUCUCCACGUAUGGUGCGAAGGUUCCAGGUAAUGCAGAACUUGUCCAGUCCGGUAUCAAUGUCUCCUCUUCAGUCUCAACCUCCCCAAACACUUGGUGGGGCAUUUGGAUCUGCUAUUUCCAGCCCCCCGGUCCAAAGCCCGCUCACAGCUACAGGACGGACUUUUCAGUACAUGGCAAGCGUCGGACCGUCUGGGUCUCAGUUGUCCCUUGUCCAGCACCAUGCACCCAGUCCCACACAGACCACGCAGAUGAGGUUUGCUUCACACAAAAGCACCCACUCUCUCCAUACAGGCAGUUUGAGCCAGGACACCCGAGCCCUGUCUGCCUCCCAGCCUUCACUCCCCCAGGAAGGAACACCACAGGCUUCCUCUGCAGCCCCCAGCCCCCCACCCUCCACCCGCACUUCCAACUCCUCCAUCGGCCCCCAACAACCCACUCACCACAACUUACCGGGACCCUCAGGUGUGGGGAGAUCGGCUGGAGCCCAGCAGAGGGUGGUCUUUGCCUCCACACCUCCUCCGGGUGGACCUACUGGAUCGGGGGCAGUAGCAGCAGCUGCUGGACCCGGACCUCCAGACUCUGGAGUUCCCAAGAAAGAUUCGAUUGUCAGCCUUCCGGAGCUAGACUCUGCCAGAUCCCGGCUGUCUUCCAACUUGUGACCCAAGUGGAGUUCAGUAGAGAGGCCUUUUUUUUGUAGGAGAAUCUGUUCGUUUAAGGUCAGUCCGGCUGAUCAUUCAGCUUGCUAAACGACCAAUCAGCUACUGCCAGCGCCCCCAGUUGUUCGACCUGGAUGCACUGUGUGCUGGUGUCAGCAGAAAGAAGAGAGCUGCUCGAAGUAUUGAAACAUUUUGGCUACGGGGAGUCAAUACGAUUAUACUAGUAUAUAAAAUUAAGGUGGAACUGGUCUGGUCUGCUGUGCCAGCACCUUUAGUCUUAGUAUCACCCCUUUCACUCUGCUUCCAAACACCUACUGCAUAUCGCUGUCUUUACUGUAAAGAUAUGACGAAAAGUAUGAUUAAUGUACCAAUUACAUACUGUGUAGAAUCCAUGCAAUGCAAUCUAGCUGGAGCUGGACUUAAAAAUGAAAAUCAGGGACUUGAGGUCAAAUGACAAUGACAUUUUAAGCGUUCAAACGUGUUUUAAAUGUAAUUUUUUCUGUGUAAGCUGUCGUAGCAAAGGAACACACAUCUUCAUAUUGUUUAAACUAGUAGUGAAGUUAGUGUUUUAGACCGCUGGUCGAUCUUACAUCAAUGUGUAAAUAGUUGACGAAAAAAGGAAGGAGGGACAUUUUAUUCAUUGUAUCUACCCAAAACCAAAGUUGAGCUUGAACACCAAGUCUGGUCGUGUCUGUAUCAACUAAAAAAAAGAAACAUAGAAGAAAACGCCAUUUAUUUAACUGCCUUGAUUCAACGUUAGAAGCCAUAUAUUUGGUUUGCGUGUAUGCAUUUAUGUGGGUGUUACUGUACGUGUGUGUACGGGCGAGAGAGAUUUUGUUAACGCAUUCUGGUUCCAUUUUCAGCGAAGGGACUCAUGCACUCUACGACGCAUCGUCAAGUAUGACUGGUCGGACAUGCUGACGAUGGCACUGCCCUGUUUUCAUGAAUCAUCUGGAAGGAGGUCAGCUGGUUUCUCAACAUACUGAUUGUAACCUUAAAGGCAAAGAUGGUUUAAUAAUCUGAGCUUUACUGAAAGGAAACAUUAGUGAGCAGCCCAUACUGUAUACUUGCUUGUUUCUGUCUAGGUUCAUUGAUUAACACAUGCAAUAUAAUUCUGCAAUACUCUACCCCGCCUAUAUAUAAAUAUAUAUAUAAAUAUGAAUAUCUAUACUUAUGCUGUACAGGAAAGUGAACUUGUUUCUUUAUGUAUUUUAUUUUAGUUUUUUUUAAUGUGAAAUUUUAAAGAAUCCAGCAGCUAUUGUGGCUUCACUUGAGGUAUUGUAAUCCAGUGACCAUGUUGUUACCUUAACCAAAAAUGUGUGAGGGAAUGAAAGGGUAUGUUGCUGUGUUAUUUUUGUGUUAAGAAAAAAAAAGAAGAAAAAAACACACUGAACUAACCGCUUACCACUGGUUUAAAGACACGGGAUGAAUCCACGUUUGAGCUCAGUGAGUCAGAUCCUCAAAAAACGUCACCUGAAAAGCAUUUUUAAAAUGUUUGAAAGGAACAGGGUGGCCAACAUGGGGUACAGGCGCCUCAGUUGUAAAAAGUCCCCCAAAACUUUGGUAAACGUCUCCAAUUUUAGGUCCACAGAAAUCCUUUGGUUCAAAGUGCGAGAGUGUGUCGAAGCUUUGAUUAUUUUUAUUCGAAACAUUCUGAUCCUGUUGAACCUAAAACUCCUUCUUCUGCUGAAUGUAUGCCAUACGAGAAGGAAGACAGCUAAUCCGUUAUCAACUGCCAUGUAAAUAAAAACGACAGAGGAUUUUAUGAUGCAAGGGGGUGGGGGGACUGGGCAUUGCUGUAUGAGUUGCUGAGUGUCUGUGUGAUCUUUUUUAUAGUCUGGUGUUGCUUAUCUGGGUUGAAGAUUGCUGUAUUUACCAUUUAUACUACAACCCAAUCCCCCCCAGAUCUGAAUAUAUAAUAUAAAACUUUAAAAGAUUUGCUGAUAUGAGCAUGAAUGAGAGCGUGCUGUAAACACUUUGAACCUCUUCGUCCAAAGUGUGAAGUGAGGACGUCCACUUAAGCACCUUGUGUUGCACUACGAUCUUGUAAUCGAAACAACAAAACAAACAAAAAACCCUCAAUGCUCUGUUCUCUCAAAACUGCUGUCACACUUCUUCUGGACCCAUUAUCCGGUAAAACUAUAAGGACAAAAUAAAAGGGAAAGCAAUUGGGGCAAAUAGGCAGCUGGUUCAUUGUGUUAAACAAACACGGCGACCAACCUUUUCGGCUCUGAGCAUCGAUCCAGAGCCAAACUGUAAAAUCUAUCUGAUGGACAUUUCACUCAGGUUUGCUACCUUUCCACAGAGAUGUAUCGAUUGCCACAAUGUGGCUUUCCAUUGAUUUAUGUAGACAUGUCAGUUCCCAUAUUUUGAGCUUGUUGAUUCAACCAUCCUGAAUGAUUCUAAUUGGCAAUUAAAACAUGGAGUCAUGACCCUCAGAUUGUUGUCAGCUUUGCCGCUGAUGGGGUUUUGAUCUCUUGUCCAGAGGUCUUGAACAAAAGGAGUAGGAGAUUGUCUUUAUCCAAGGGCUUCAUUGUAUGGCCUGUGAACCCUGGGGUCAUUGUUAUACAGCUGUAUCUCAAUACAAUCAAAUGUGAUUGAAAAGUUAAUAUGUUUCGGUAAUUCAAAUUAAAAACUGAAACUUACAUGCAGAGUGAAGUAUUUCCAGCCUUUCUUUCUUUUUUUCUGUUGGUUUUGAUGAUUAUGGUUUAAUGCUAAUAAAAACUGGAAAUUCAGUCUCAAAAAUUUUUAAUAUAGAAGACCAGUGGACACAAAUGUUAAUUAAUACAUGUAAGCCAGUAAAAAGAGUUUCUGCAUGCACUUUACAAUCAUUCGAUACUUGGUUUGGGCUCCUUUUGUAUAGAUUACUGCAUCAAUGGAGUAUAGCAUGGAACUGGUCCACGUAUAGUUCUGCUGAGAAAUCAGGGAAGCCCAGAGUGGUUUAAUGGUGACCUUCAGCUCCUCUGCAUUGCUGGGUCUUGCGUCUCCCACCCUCCUCGUGAAAAUACUCCAUAGAUUCUCCAUGGGGUUCAGAUCAGGGCAGUCAGCUGGCCAAUCAAGCACAGUGACACAAUGGUCAUUAGAGCAGGUAUUGGUACUUUUUGUCAGUGUGGGCAGGUGCAAGGUCUCGUUGGAAAAUAUGAUCUGCAUCUCUGUAAAGCUUGUCAGAGCGAAGCCUGAUGUGCUCUGGAAUUUCCUGCUAGAUGGCUGCACUGACUUAUUCUGCGUCCAGACCAAACGCCUUUUGAGCGUCAAAAAGGCGUCCAACGCCUCAACUUGGACGCUUGCACACAUAAAAGUCCAACGCGCUGUCUAGAGCCUCAACGCGUCAGGCAAAGUGGUUUACCCUGCUCUUUUCCUCUGCCGGACUUUUUGUAAAAUUGCGGAUGAAAUCAAGAGAGUGGAUUGGCUUUAUUUACUGAAUAAUAUAAUAUAAUCUGCGCCGUGUCUAUGUUCUGAGAGAUAAUUCGUUUUGAGUUUGGUGAGUUUCACCACAUACAGUAGAAGCUGCGUGCUGGCGAGGAUCGCUUUCAGCAUUAUUUAUGCUCACCCAGCCCAGUUUGACAACCUGCUGACUGGCGUCUGAGCCCACAACUCCCGCCAGGUCACCAACUACAGGCGUACCAUUUCAGCUGAAGAGUAUCUGUCCAUCUGUCUCAGGCUAGUGGGCAUCAUUCAGGAGGCUAGAUGUUAACAUUUAUCAGUGAUCAGGAGUAAAAUUAUUCUCAGUCUCUCUAAUUGGUUGACGACUCGCUGCUAAAAUUCUGAUUUUUUAAAUCUAGCUUUGGCCGCCCCAGAGGCGCUUAACGUGCGUCAAACCAAAUUUUCAGCACGAAAUGCGCUGAAAGCUUCAAAAUGCGCAGCGCAAGAUGCGCGUGACGUGCCGCAGGACCUCUUGAUGACCCCGAGGCGCGUCCCCAUAGACUUUGCAUGUAAACCCGACUUUAGGCCUCUGAGCAAUAGUCCAGUCCGUUUUGUACAGGUAGGACACAUUUGACAUCUCUGGUUCAGGACUGGCUUUAAACAAGGAAUGCAAAAAGUGCAGCUGUUGUCCUCGAUAGGUCUCUGCCUUUGCAUUUAUUUGUGCUGCUACUGGAUAUGAAAACUUCCCCCUUGGAGAUGAAUUAAGUAUCGUUAUUAUAAUCAUUAUUACCAAUUCCAGCUCCAGUCCACACCUUGUGAAAAUUGAAUCAUCUUGAAUGGCUUUUCUUCAAAAUUGCCCUGUUGCUGGCGCACCUUGCUCUACCACAGUUUUUCUCACGCGUAACUUUCCAUUGGUAUGCAUGGAUUUAAUAGUCGGAACAGACACGUUACUUGAUGGUGACCUUUUAUGGAUUACCUGUCUUGCAGAGAAUGUUAGUAGCUCUGUCUAUUGUAAUACAACUUUCUGAGAAACUGAAUUUGGAUUUUUUUUAAUAAGGUGUUAGCCAUAAUCAUCAAAAUCAUCAGAAACAAAAGCUUGAAAUAUCAUUCUGGGUGUAAUGAAUCUACAUGAUUCGAGUUUCAACUGAAUUACCGAAAUAAAUGUACUUUUAAAUGCUUUAUUAACUCACUGAGAGACACCUAGAGUGGAGCAGCCACAUUUUCCUUUAGUGUUUCAUAAAAAAACUGCACUAAAUAACAAUUUUUCUGUCUUACCUGAGUCACAGAACCGCCUCCCCAACUUAUCAGUGACACAUGAACUAUGAAUUGAUUUUUUUUUUCCUAUGGGAAAAGUAUACAUGAAAACACCAACACCGUUCUGAAUGAAGUCUAUAUGCGUCAGGUGUUUUUGUGCACUUCAGUACUGUUCUGUCUGAUUGAUUGGUCCUUUUCCUCAGUUAUUUUUGCUCUAAUACCAGAUUUUGCCCUGUUAAGCUGCUAUCAAGACUGUGCAGAUAUCUGAAUGAGUCCACAGUCGGCGAGAGCAAGAUGAAUGGAGAAUUAAAGAGCUAAUGUUUCAGGCAAUAUCAGGCGCCGUCUCUGUUUCAUUGCAUCUACAUGUAGUGUCUAAUUCCCUCCCGCUCAAAGGAUGGCAUUUGAGACACUUUGAUCGGCAACGCUCCGUUUGAACCCCCAGCCACGGGCCCGAUGCAGCUCAGGCCCAAGCACACACUGCCAGCAUAUCUGUUUUUGUGUUUGCCUCCUGGGUUGUGCGGUGUGUUGGCCUCAAACUGCUGUUGAGACGUGCGUGCUGCGUUAACCCGAUGGUGGGUGGGUUCAAAUAAUAGUUACUCUUCUGGACUUUGCUGUGAAGUGGGAACGAAUUCCUUCGUACGUGUUUGGCACUGACUGACCAUUAUUGAGAAUCUCAAAGUUUCAAGCCUCUCUCUUGCUGUACCAGACGUUGUGGGUACCGAAUGCCUUGGUGUGGAUUUAUUAGCGAAUCAGGGUCUGUUCUCUCUGAUUUUUCAGUCUGUUUUAUUUGGUUGUAGUUUAAUGAUUUAUAUGUGCCCUCUGCACAUGGACUGUAUAUACCUUGUGCCUAGUACCUCUAGUUUCCACAUAGUCUAUUUUGUGGUAUGUAUGUGCCUGUAAAAUGCAAAUGUGUGUUUUUAUUUCCAACUUGCAAUAUAUGUACAAACCAUUAGAUGACUAGUAUUGCUAAAUUAUAAUGACAAUGUCAGUAUAUAUAAUUUUCCCUGAUCAGGGAAACACAAAAUUGCACAUUUUAUGUUGGGUUGAACCGUCCAACACCAUGCGCGCUGUACUCUGUACGUUCAUGUUCUGUACAUAUGGUAUACACAGAGAUGCGGGGCACCUUCUCUGGUUUUCACCACAACCUGCUAUAUAAGCAUCAUUUUUACAGUAAGAGAGCGAGCUCUGACGUGCUCCUGGUGGAUAUCAGCAGUCUAGACGUUAGCUUAGGAAACCUGCUUGAGCCAAAAACAGCAGAAGUUAACAAGCAAAAGCAGGGAAAAGCUUGCACAAAAUCAAAAUAUGUAAAAAAAAAAAAAUAAUAAUAAAAAAAACUAAACUGUGCAUAUCCUGGGUAACUGUCAGACUGGGCUGUUGCACAGCUUUUCACGCUGAUGCUGGUUGCAUACUGAUCUAGUGUUGGCCAUUAAAAGGCAAAAAUAAUUCUCUCCAAGACUGAAUCCAGCUCCUGAGCCACAGCAAGUCUUAAACGUGACUCCCUGACGAGUUAGCUGACAGAUAAAGCAGAGUGCAUGCUUGUAUUUUUCUCAUUUAAGCUGAGUUCUGUGUGUGAUUGUUGUGGGACCUUCAAAUCUAGAAACUGUCGUGUACCAACUACUGUACAAUGAUUUUAUUUAGUCUUACAGUUUAACUUUUUGUGUCGUAGCUACUGUAGCCUGCUUAACUUACCUAAGCCUUCUCUCUGCUUCAGGACUCUGUGUGCUUGAGUUUGUGUGUGUAUGUGUGUGUGCGUGUUCCUGUGCCUUUCCUUCUAAUAAUGUCGGUCCCACUUGAGAAUAUGAUGCCAUUUAGGGGGUUGAAACCCACACGAAGCUGAGAGAUGCCAGCACAAAUAAUAUAAAAAAAAAAACAACAACCUCAUUGUUAAAUGGUCACAACGACAAUUGUUUUCAAACUACAAAACAAUGUUGAAAUGCUUUCUAGAAUUGACUCUGGCACAUCCUAGACUUAGUAGCAUUCCACAGCCUGCACGAACUGCUCAGUGUGGGCAUCCAGACACACUUUACCAGCACCAUGUAGACGACAGCACAGAUCUCUGAAACAGCACGUCUCCUCUCUUUAUGAAUACCAGUCUGCAAACAUCUCAGGCUGUGCUCGGCUUCUGCUCAUAUACAAAAAAAUAAAAAUAAAAUAAAAUAAAAAUAAAAGGUUUAAGUAUUACUCAACUUCAACCCUGUCUUAAGUUGAUGUUUAUUUUCCAGUGACAACUCAGCUCCCAGCCCCAGCCGCAGGGCUCCCAAAUUAGUCUAAAAGGAUCAGGGGGGGGUCUUUGGUUGAUCUGCGUUGGCGUCCGGUUUCUCCAGACUGGGAUGCACAGCUGGUGGCUGGGGUGAGGAGCUGAUUUGGUCCUGUGUCCAGAAGGCUGUCUUGUCCACCACCUCUGCUGGCCAACAGCACAGAGCCACGCCCUGGUUUAUCUCAAUAAGCUGGUCUGUCAGUCAGUGGCAAUGUUGUUUCAGCAUCCUUAAACAGACAUAAAAUACCUUGUUGUGCAAUAAAAAGAUGAGCGCAUUGGCAUACUUA